AUGACAUGCACAUUGAAGGCAACAUUUGCAAGAUAUAAGCCCCAUCUAAGCAUGAUUCUAGGGCAAAUUUUAUCUGCAAUUGUGUAUUUCAUUACAGAAGCUGCAUUCAAUCAAGGGCUAAAUCCACACGUCUAUGUCACUUAUCGACUCGGCCUAGCUGGUUUGAAAAUCAAGGCCAAAGUUGACAUUAGCACUGUUUUUGGAGUUAUUUGUGGUUUCUUUCUUGGGGUGGAGACUAGGAAUCCUUCGGUGUUCUGCAAAGAUUACAAACAGUUAAAAAGGAGAUUUGAUGAACAAUAUUCUUCAUGUUCUUGGUGCAGGAUGGAGGUUUUUGAUGUAAAGAGUCCUCGUGGGAUAGCCAAAAUCCUUGGAACCUUAAUAUCCUUGGCAGGGGUCACGGUCUUCACUUUGUACAAAGGACCAGCACUGCAAAACUUGUGGGAUGCUCCAAUUGACAUGAAAAGACUUUCUAUUCAUGAGAACUGGGUGAAAGGGUCAAUCCUUACUAUCGCUAGCUGCAUAGCAUGUUCUUCAUGCAUGGAUGGACUGCCUUGGGGGAGUACAAUCGGCUGUAUUUGCUGUGUUCUCACAGCACAAACCGGCAGCAUGGUCUAUCACCAUGUUCGGAAGGGCAAAGAAAAAGAUCAGUCUCACAACAAGAGCCAAGAGCAAUAUUCUUCAGUUUCUGAUAAGAUUAAGGAAAUAGAUAAGGAGGAGGUAGUUCUAGCAGUAAAGGAGGAACCAUGA